AAAGUUAAAUCAAUUGAAUUUGGUAGAACUUUCUUUCAUAGAUGAAUCCUUCACACUAAAUUUAUCAGCAACUGAUUCUUAUUCACUGUAAUCUCUCUUCAUUAUCUUCAAUUUUCUUCUCUCUCAAUCAUUCAGAAAUACUUUCACUCACAAACUUUUCUGAAACCAGAUCCCUUUGUUUCUUGAGCUUGCAUCUUAUUACUUGCCCUGUUACUUCCUCUGUUUUACUUUCUUUAUUUCAGGCUUAUUUCUUGUUUUUAUUUUUAUCUUUUAAAUUAGUUUCAAUAUUUCUGAUUUCUUUAAAAAAAAGCACAAACCAUCUUGCUUCCGGAUAUUUCUCGUUUUCCAGGAAAAAUAUAAUUUUCUUUUCUCUUAUUUAUUGUUAGAAAAGAGUUUGUCCUGUGAUUAUUUUCAUUUGCUUUACUUCUCUUCUGUUUUUCAAAUUCGAAAUAAGUUUAUAAAAAAUGGCUGAUAUUGCCGGGGUUGUGGUAAGUCCUAUCCUCGAAGUUGGCAAGUGGUUGGCUGCACCAAUUUGGCGUCAAUUUAAGUACUUGUACAACUACACUACUAAUUUCAAAAAUCUGGAAAAGGAAGUUGAUAAGCUGAAGAACACAAGAGUUGAAGUUCAGCAUAAGGUAACUGCAGCUGAAAGAAAUGUGGAAGAGAUCAAACAGAAUGUCAAAAACUGGCAGAAGGAUGUGGAGAAGACCAUUAUUGAAGCAGAACAGCUGAUUCAAGAGAAAGCAAACAACCCUCGAUGUUUUAAGGGAUUGUGCCCCAACUUCAUCAUCCACUAUAAACAAAGCAAGAAAGCAUUCAAACUAAAGCGAGAUGAUAUUGAUCCACUCCUCCAGCAAGAAAAGGAUUUGGAUCCAGUUUCCUAUCCUACUAAUCCACCAGAGAUCUGGCUUAGAUCUAGUGAAGAUUAUUUGGCUUUUGAAUCAAGAAACUCCACAGUGAAGAAUGUAUGGGAUGCUUUAAAUGAUGAGAAUGUCUUCAUGAUUGGUGUUUAUGGGAUGGGUGGUCUUGGGAAGACCUCUCUUGUGCAAGAACUUGGUAGGAAAGCCGAGAAGGAAAAGCUCUUUGAGGAGAUUGUUUUUGUAGAGGUUUCAGAAUCUCCUGAUAUAAAGAAGCUUCAAACAACAAUUGCAGACAAAUUGAAGCUGAAAUUCGAAAAUGAAAGUGAAAUGGCAAAUAAGCUAUAUUCAAGAAUGGAGAAGAAGAAUAUCCUUUUAAUUCUAGAUAAUAUUUGGAAACCUGUAGAACUUGAUAAGAUGGUAGGAAUUCCUUGUGGAGCUGAUCGUGGAAGAAAUAAGCUUCUGUUCACAACAAGAAAUGUAGAUGUGUUGGAGAGAAUGGGGUCCACAAAUAAUUUUGGAAUGGGCUUUCUAAAUGAUGAUGAAGCUUGGACCUUAUUUACCAAAAUGACAGGUGAUGUUAUCCAAACACGUGAAUUGCAUUCUCUAGCAAAUAAGGUAUGCAAGGAAUGCGGAGGAUUGCCUAUUGUCAUUUGUACAAUAGCAAAAGCAUUAAAAAAUAAGAGUCAUCCAUCUGAUUGGAAGGUUGCAUUACAAGAACUGAGAGCUCCUACACCAACAAAGUUCACAGGAUUCCUAGAAGAGGAAUACACGAAGAUCGCCUUAAGUUACAAGUAUUUAAGAGAUGAACUUAAGAAAACUUUUUUAAUUUCUAGUCUAUUGAAAAAUAAUACUUCCAUUUCAGACAUGUUUAGACAUGUUGUGUGUCUAGAUAUACUUGAAGGAGCUAACUUGACAAUGGAAGAAGCACGAGAUAGACUUGAUAAAUUGGUUUGCGAUCUCAAAGAUGCUUGUUUGUUACUUGGCGAGUUAAGAAGCGAACAAUUUGCUAUGCACGAUGUUGUUCGUGCUGUUGCCAUAACAAUUGCAUAUGUGGAUCACCAUGUGUUUACAGUGAGGAAUGAUUUUGAACGAGAAUGGAAAGAUAGAGAUAAACUCAAGAAAUGUACAAAAAUCUCCUUGCCUGGCAAUAGUCUUAUUAUUAGUCAGCUUUGGCCUAAUUAUUUUGAUUGUCCAAAUCUUGAAUAUUUUUAUAUGACUACUAUGUGGAAGUCUUCUUUCAAAUUCCCAGAGGACAUCUUCAUAGUGAUGCCAAAGCUCAGAGUAAUGAAUUUAGAUGGAUUACAACAAUCGUCAUUGUUGUCAUCAAUUGAUCUUCUAACCAACCUUCAAUCUUUGUGUUUAGAUAAUAGCGAAGUUAAAGAUUUUGCUAUUAUUGGAAAGCUAACGACACUAAAAGUUCUUAGCUUGCAAAACUCAAUUAUUGAGGAGUUUCCUAUAGAAUUGGGUCAAUUGAUUCAAUUAAGGUUGUUAGAUUUAAGCAAAUGUUGGAAAUUAAAAGUUGUUGCUCCAAAUGUGAUAUCACAAUUAUCCCAAUUGGAAGAGUUUUAUAUAAAGGGAUGCCCUAUUAAGUGGAAGCAUGAAGUACUCGAGGAAAUGAAAGUCUUGUCUAAUCUCACUAGUUUAUCAUUGGAUAUUGAUUUUAACAAUGUGUUGCCUAAAGACUUUUUUUCCAAAGAGCUUAAAAGGUACAAAAUAUCAAUUGGCCAAUGGAAGUUUCAUUUUGGAAAUGGUCAACUGGAGUGUUUGAGGAUAUUACAAUUCAAAUUUAAUUCUACCAUUUGUUUAGAAAAAUUACACGGAAUCAAGAAUGUUGAAGUUUUGCAGUUGGAUGAAUCUUCAGAUGAAGAGAAUGAUACUAAGGCUUCAAAAGUUAUUUUGCAAUCUAAUGAAACUAGACCACUUUUUAACAAAAAGGUUAUUUUCACCGAUUUGAUGAGUUUGGAAUUGAUCAAUAUUAGUUUUGAAAAGAUUUGGGAGAUCCAACUUUCAACUUCUUCUUAUGAAAAUUUGACACAGUUGUUUUUGAACCGAUGCAAUAAAAUAAAGUAUGUGUUUUCAUUUUCCAUAGCCAAAAACCUCCAGCAACUCCGAUACCUUAAGAUAGAGAAUUGUAAGGCUUUGGAGAAGAUUGUUGAAGAAGAAGAAGGAACAAAAAUUGUUAAUUCUAUAUUUCCACAAAUAACUCAAUUGGUGCUUCAAAAUUUACCCAAACUUACUGUUUUCUAUCAAGGAACGCAUGCUUUGGAAUUGUCAAUGCUAAAAACAUUGCAGAUAGACAAUUGUCGAAACUUCACUUCAAUAUGUCAAGACUUUCAAGAUAAUAAUAAGGAGGGUGAAGUUCAAGUUUCAGAGUCAAAAUCCAUUUGCUUGGAGCAUAAGAUUAAUUCUGAUUUGGAGGAAAUUACAUUGGAAGAUUAUUGGGAAGGGGAUGUGAGAGAGAUCAAUUGGUUGAGUGAAUCUAAAACUCUUUGUAUCUCCAAUGCAAAUAUUUCAGUUGGACUCCUUCAAAGAUUUUAUAAUCUUGAAGUUCUAUUUGUAGAUUCCAAUGAUAGAUCGAUGAGUCUACUAUCAUUCUCAGCCUAUUUCCAAAAUCUUAAAGUUUUGGAAAUAAGACAUUGCUCCGGAUUGAUAAAGAGGUUAAUAACGCCUUCAAUGAUUAAAAGCUUGGUGCAACUGAGAGAAAUGAGUAUAGACAAUUGUGGAUUGCUUACUGAAAUAGUAGAAAAUGAGGGAAAUGAAACAACAACUGAAAUUGUUUUUAACAAUUUGAACAAGUUAUCACUUCAAUACUUAAAUUGUCUUACAUGCUUUUCUUCUGGAAAUUAUUCUUUCAAUUUUCCAUCUUUGGAAGAGUUAAUUAUAAAAGAUUGUCCCAAUAUGAAGACUUUUUCUUCAAGAAGCUUAAGCACACCAAAGUUGUGCAAUGCCCAUUUUAGGAUGUUUUGUGAAGAUGAGAUGAAGCUAUCUGAGAUCGGGGAGAAUGACUUGAAUACAAUUAUACAAGAAGCAAGCAAUAAAAAGAUUGUUCAAAGUUCUGUGAUAGAAUAACAAAAGAAUUAGAAGAAGAACUAGAAGAAGGACUAGAAGAAAAAUGGAAGUCAUGUGGCCCCCUCUACAGUCUCUCCCAUGCUCUAUUUCUCAAAUAUGAGGCGAAGAAUAGGAAGUUGAUGGCGAGCAUGGAAGAUGAAGAAGAAAGCAACAAUGUUUAAAGGGUUGCCAAAUGAUUAAUUGAUGACGGCAACAACAGUUGAAGUUUGUCAAUGAAAGUUUCAGGUAACAGGGAAAAAGUUUCCUACUGGUUAGAUGAGUUUGUUCCUCAGAAAAAGUCAGCUUAUAUAAGCCAAGAAGAUCUGCAUAUAGUAGAAAUGACUGAGGGAAACAUUUGAACUUUGUGCCCAAUGUCUUGGUGUUGGAAACCAAGUACAGAGCUUUUUUUUCCCCUGUCUGUGUAGAUCCGAUGAUGGAAGUCAGUAAAAGAGAGGAGGCAGGAAUUGUUCCGGAUCCAAAUGUAGCUACUUACAUGAAGGAGAGGUGGUUGGUCCCACAAAAGCCUUAUUUAUGGAUGAAAUAUCAAAUGGUUUAAACAGUUCAACUGCAUAUCAGAUUGUUGUUUGGCCAUAGCAGCAGAAGGAAAAGUUGUGUAUGAAGAACAACGCAAUAAAUUUGUAGAAUUUUUCAGGGACUGUGGAUUCAAGUGUCCUCAAAGAAAAUGUGUAAUUGACUUUCUUCAGGAGAAAAGAUCGAGCACAAUACUGGUACUGCACUGAUUCUAUUUGGCAUUGAGAAAAGUCAUUCCUUCAAUGUUAUGCUAUGACAGCUGUUCGAAUUCAAUGCUACUCAAGUUUGUUCAAUGUUCACCCAGUCGAAUACAAAUGCUGCCCCCUGAUAAUCUUGUGUGAUGAUUUUGCAAGAAAAGUUGGCCAAUAUUCGAGGAAGUCAAGAUUCCAAUGACGGUAAACUUGUGAAAGAGAAGUCUAAGAAUUCACCUUCCAAAGGCGGGAUGGUCUUACCUUUUAAACUCUAAUCAGUAACAAUUCAGGAUAUGAACUAUUAUGUUGACUUCCCUGCGGAGAAGAAGAAAAUCCCAACUGCUCUCUGAUAUAUCUGUUGGAUUAAUGCUUGGUGGGCUAAUGGCAUUGACGGGUGUUAGUGAAGCUGGAAAAUCCACUCUUCUAGGUUUUGGCCAAACGAUGUUGUGUCAAUGACAAACUUGUGGUUCUUUCUUUAAUCUCUUAUGAAUUAAUAAGUAAGGGUUUGCCAGUACUGAAAGCUCUGAGCUCAUUCUCCUUGAAAACUGAACUGAGGUUGCUUAAAGGUUGCAGUAUUCCAGGUAAAAUAUUAUUGACCAGAAGGGCAGAUCCUAUAGAGGACCCAAGCUUACAUUCCUCAAGUCUUGGACGCAGCCUUUCUCAGAAUGAUGCUGGGACAAGUGAUAAUAUGCAUGAUUCCGUAGAGGUAGAAGAUCAAGAUACAACCAAGCCAAAUAAUGGAAGUUCUUAUAAGUUAACAAUUUCAAAUAUUGAAACUAUGUUCAAAAAAUCUCAUAAGUCCACCAUGGGUGCUAGAGCUACAGAUUCUACAUAUGAAACCAAGGAGCUAUCUGGUUCCGUGGUCAUAUUAGAGAGAGUACGAGAGUUAGCUUGGAGUGGUGUACCACCAUACAUGUGCCCUACCGUGUGGAGGCUUCUUUUGAUACUUGCACAUGUAGAGAAUUAUGGUUUGGAUUUCUUGUCAAUCUAUAUGCAAAAAUCGGUCGCUUUGUACUAACACCGGUGAGGGAGAUCAAUUCAAUGAUGUGAAAGCUGGUUCAUGCUCAUUCUAUGUACUGUGCAUAUUCUGAGUAGAUGAACUGAUAACAGCCAUAUGCACCACCAAAUUCAGAUGGAAGCAAGGGAGUCCUAAGAAGGAAGCAUAGUGACCAUCUUGACUGUGUUGCUCAGUUUUAUCACAUUCCAGAUACCGAACGUUCAGAUGAUGAAAUUAAUAUGCUUCGCCAGGAAAAGCAAAGGAAGCUGAAAUCAAGGCUUGCCCUAAUCAGCAGCUGGAUUCAAUGCCAAAGAACAAGACCAAGAUCGAAACAGACUGUAAAAAGAGAAGAUCAGAUGAGGACGAGGCAAGCAAGAAUUCAAUAAUUCGUUAAGGGGGAUUUACAGCCAAAAGAGGGAGGGGGCUGGCACCUUUACUUUCAAUAUGUUUUUUAUAGUUCUUAUUACCAUUUUUUUUAAGAGAAUAAACACUUGUAGUGUGAAGUAUCAUAAAUAAAAAUCUUUGUGCUUGUAUAUUUACACACUAUAGUUCUCUAUCUGAUUACAAAUUCUGUAAUUUUCUAUUAAAGUGGUGUUAGGGCCACUCUGGGAGCAAGAUUAUGGUGAACACGCAAAUGGAUUCUAGGCUAGAUCAAGUGGCAAAAGAUUUGUCAAGAAGGGGGCAUGGUCUGGAUGUUGAAAUUCAUUUGUUAAGACAGUGAUUUAGUGAGAUGAAAGACCACCAGUCUAUCAAAUUACUCUCGGCACUUCUGCCAUGCGUGUCUAUAUAUAGUUGGUGUGGAGUUGCCUUGUGUUUAACUGUAGAGGUGAGAUAUAAGAAUUUGAGAUUGGAAGCUGAUUGUGAGAUUGUUCACAGAAAGCCCCUCCCAUCUCUAUGGAAUUCUCUUAUACAUUCGCUUUCGCUCUGUUUCUGCUGAGCCAUAAAUUGAAUCAAUAUAGGUCCUCCCUGAGCUUAUAGGUUCAAAGUCAAAUUAAGUUCAGAUAACCAUCCAAUGAUAUCAAUGGCAUCGUUGAGCCUAGAAGGAUGAUUGUUCUACUUGGCCUCCAAGUUGCAGGAAGACCACACUUCUAAAGGCUCUCUCAGAAACUCCUGACAAAUCUCAAAAGCUAAUUUACUUCUCUAUGGUGUGCUAUCAUAGUUUGAUUUCCUACUGUACUCAGUUUUGCUACUGCUUUUUUCAAAGGCAACGAAGGAAAAGUUUUCUUUAGCAGUUACUGGUUGGAUGAGUUUGUUCCCAGAAAACAUCAGCUUAUUUAUGCCAAGAAGAUCUGCUUUUUGCAGAAAUGACCUAGGGAAAUACUUGAUUUUUCUACCUGGUAUCUUGGUGUUGGAAACCGAGGAAGUAGGCUUCUUUAAAUUUUAAUUCAAUGAAGUUUUAGUCAUAGCCGCCUUAUCAAGUCCCAAGAGUAGCUGAUAGGUACACAACAUUUUUUUUUUCUGCCUAUGGAGAUGAUAUGAUGGAAGUCAGUAAAAGAGAUGUGAACACAGAUACUUACAUGAAGGCCCUUGUACUCAAUAUCUGUGCUGACACAAUGGUGCGAGACGAGAUGAGAAGAGGCAGCUAUGGAGGUUAAAAAAGGAGAUUGAGUACAAGGAAAUUUUCAUAAAUGCAUCUGCUCCAUCUCCACUUUGUAGAAAAGUUUAUGGAGUAGAUGCCUCAAAAGGAUUAGAUGCCUCCCCCAUCACAAGCCUUAAAUGUUUAAUUUUUCAUUAAAAUUUGCAGGAGAGAUGAUUGUUGCUUGUCUGCAACAGCUGGUGCAUAUCAGAGAUGCUACCUUAUUGAUUUCACCUCUGCCUCCAGCUUCAUAAACCUUUGAACUCUUUGAUGACAUCAUUUUGAUGUGGAAGGAAUGGUUGUGUAUCAAGGACCACACAUCAAGUGGUAGAAUUUUUCUGCGCCUUGUAUUUGUGAGGCUCUAGAAUCCCUUUGCGCCUUAUCUGUGUUUAAUAACUAUGGUUCUUUAUCACAGUUCCUUAUAGACUGAUGCAUGUUUCUUUUUAAUAUUACUUCUAUUUUAAUGGCAUAUAAUCUA